AAGACACCUGCUACUCUUCUCGACGACUUCGCAACCCUCAAGUCUACCCCCCACACACAAAUCUAUUCAAAAUGGGUCGCAUGCACUCCAAGGGCAAGGGUAUCUCGGCUUCGGCCCUCCCCUACCGCCGCUCGCAGCCUUCCUGGUCCAAGGCCACCUCUGACGAGGUCGCCGACCAGAUCUUCAAGCUCGCCCGCCGCGGUCUCUCGCCCUCGCAGAUCGGCGUCAUCCUCCGUGACUCGCACGGCAUCCCCCAGGUCAAGUCGGUUACGGGCAACAAGAUCCUCCGUAUCCUCAAGACCAACGGCCUCGGCCCCUCCAUCCCCGAGGACCUCUACCACCUCGUCAAGAAGGCCGUCUCGAUCCGCAAGCACCUCGAGCGCAACCGCGGCGACCGUGACGCCAAGUUCCGCAUGAUUCUCGUCGAGUCGCGUAUCCACCGUCUUGCCCGCUACUACAUCAAGAAGCAGCAGCUCCCUCCUACCUUCAAGUACGAGGCUGCCACUGCCUCGACCCUUGUCGCCUAAGCGCCCGCAUUGCGCUCCCCGCCGGCUCUUUGUGUAUCCAUUUCUACUACGCAGGGAUGAUGAAACCACUUUCAUCGG